GUGUGCGUCUUUCAGGCGACGGUGCCAGCGUGACGUAUAAUCUAGUGGACGGUUCUUCAGAAACUGCUCGUCAACCACCUCGGUAGCUUGCUAGUCAACAUAGCCGAAAGAUUCAAGCUAUUUAGACGCUUUCGGUAUAUAUUAACUACUGUGUUUUAGACACACUUCUGUCGUAUCUACUUGUUAACCUAUUUCAUUUAAUAUUGCGUUAUUUUGUAUUAGUCAGCUAUAGUAGCUGGCUGGUUAAGUUAGCACUAGCCUAGUCGCUGAUGAUAGCUAACUAACAUCCCCGACCAUGAGCUCCCUAAACUACUCUCCUCCGGUUAAAGAAGAGGAGGUCUGCUGGACGGAGAAAGAGGGUCUGUGGCAGAUCGUUGUUGUGAAAGAGGAAAAGGAAGAGGAGGAUGUUACAGUAAAACAAGUAGAGGGUGAGGCUGUUACAGUGAAAGAAGAAGAGAAAGACGUUUCAGUGAAAGAAGAGGAAGACUCGUUCAGAGUGAAAGAGGAGAAUGUUACAGUAAAAGAAGAGGAGGAUGCAUUUUUUGGAGUGAAGAAGGAAGGGGAGAUUACUGUCACAUUGAAAGAUGAAGAGGAGGAGAUAGGAGAUCUGAUUAACACCAGAGAGAGACGGGACUAUCGUGGAUCCUCUGUGGAGUCUCAACAACAUUAUGAUGCUGAUGCGGCAGAGAAGAGUCUCUCCAGAUCAGAACACCUCAAAAUACAACAGCAGAGACCCACAGGGAAGAAAUCUCAUUGCUGCUCUGAUUGUGGGAAAAGAUUCAACACUUCAUCAGACCUUAAAAUACAUCAAAGAAUUCCCACUGGAGAGAAACCUUAUGGCUUUGAUCAAUGUGUGAAGAGUUUUACUGGGUCAAGCUGUCUCACUAUUCAUCAGCGAAUACACACAGGGAAGAAACCAUUUAGCUGUGAUCAAUGUGGAAAGGUUUUCGGCACAUCUCGUGGUCUGACAAAACACCAGAGAACACACACAGGAGAGAAACCUUAUAUCUGUGAUCAAUGUGGGAAGAGAUUUACUCUGCUAAACAGCCUGAUAGUACACCAGCGUACACACACAGGAGAUAAACCUUAUAGCUGUGAUCAAUGUGGGAAGAGUUUUACUACAUCUAGCUAUCUAACUAUACACCAGAGAACACAUACAGGAGAGAAGCCAUAUAGCUGUGAUCAAUGUGGUAAGGGUUUUGGUACAUCUGGCUGUCUGACAAAACACCAGAGAACACACACAGGAGAGAAACCUUAUAGCUGUGAUCAAUGUGGAAAGAGUUUUACUCAGUCUACCAGCCUGACAUCACACCAGAGAACACACACAGGAGAUCAAGCUUAUAGCUGUGACCAAUGUGGGAAGAGUUUUGGUUCAUCUGGCCGUCUGGCAACACACCGGAGAACACACACAGGAGAGGAACCUUAUACCUGUGGUCAAUGUGGGAAGAGUUUUACUCAGUCAACCAGCCUGACAUCACACCAGAGAACACAUACAGGAGUGAAACCUUAUAGCUGUGAUCAAUGUGGGAAGAGUUUUGGUACAUCUGGCUGCCUGACAAAACACCGGAGAACACACACAGGAGAGAAAUCUUAUAGCUGUACUCAAUGUGGGAAGAGUUUUACUCAUUCAACCAGCCUGAUAUCACACCAGAGAACACACACAGGGAGAAACCUUAUAGCUGUGAUCAAUGUGGGAAGAGUUUUGCUUCAUCUGGCCUUCUGACUGUACACCAGAGAAUACACACAGGAGAGAAACCAUAUUGCUGUGAUCAAUGUGGGAGAAGUUUUACUCAGCUAAGCAGCCUGGUAUCUCACCAG